AUGUCGUCACAGACGAGCGCGGCCGCGCCGGCCACCGUGCACUAUCCGUUCUGGUUUGGCGGCAGUGCCAGCAGCCUGGCGGCGACGGUGACGCAUCCGCUGGAUCUGGUCAAGGUCCGGCUGCAGACGCGUCACGGCGACAUGCCGCGGUCCAUGUCGGGCACCUUUGCCCACAUUGUACGGCACGAGGGCGUGCGUGGCCUGUACAGCGGCCUGUCUGCGUCGCUGCUGCGUCAGCUGACCUACUCGACCACCCGUUUUGCCCUGUACGAGGCCAUCAAGUCGCGGCUGACCGACGGCCAUGCACGCCCGCCCAGCUUUGCCGUCCUCGUGGCUGCGGCCUCGGUCUCCGGCAUGGCUGGCGGCUUUGUCGGCAACGCGGCCGAUGUGCUCAACGUGCGCAUGCAGCACGAUGCCGCUCUGGCGCCCGCACAACGACGCGGCUACCGUCAUGCUCUCGAUGGCCUCGUUCGCCUCGCGCGUGAAGAAGGCUUUCGCCACGGCUGGUUCCGCGGCGUCUGGCCCAACAGCAUGCGUGCUGCUGCUAUGACCGCCUCUCAGCUCGCCUCCUACGACUCCGCCAAGCGCCUUUUGCUCGCUACUACCCCCCUCACCGACUCGCUCACCACCCACUUCAUCGCCUCCUUCUUCGCCGGCGUCGCCGCCGCUACCGUCACCAGUCCCAUCGAUGUCGUCAAGACUCGCGUCAUGUCUUCCCACGCUCACCUCACUACCGUCCUGCGCGACCUCUACGCCGCCGAAGGCCUCCGCUGGAUGUUCAAGGGCUGGGUCCCCAGCUUCAUCCGCCUCGGACCUCACACCAUCUUCACCUUUGUCUUUCUCGAAGCACAUCGCACUGCCUACCGUCGCCUCAAAGGCAUCCCUGACCUAUAG